GUUCCUUGCCAACAGGAACUUCUUAUCCUCUUUUGGCAUAUGCUCACCAUUAAUAAUGAUUUUUUGCGUUAUAUAUGUAGCAAGACAAACACUAAUGAAUUAUUAGUUGAGAGGGAUUUUGCAGUCCGAUUAAAUGAACAAUUUACAGGAAAUUAUCCAUUAGAUCUUCCUUCUUUUAAUGGAUCUUAUGCAGAUUUAUUUUGUCUUGUUGUACAUCGUGUUGUUACUGAUGCUGUACUU